UCAACGUACUGCUCCUACUAUUUAGAUUGGCAAUUAUCUCCAAAGGCACAAUUCCCAAAAACCAUGGCUUCUGCUUUUUUUCCUCUCCUCCUUUUUCUCUCUAUCCUUUCUCUCCUCUUUCCCUUCAUUUCUUCAUCAAACUCCCCCACAACAAUCCCUCUCUCACUUUUCAACACCAACCCAAAUCAAGAUUUUUACCAAAAGCUCACUCAUUUAGCUUCUGUUUCCUUAGCUAGAGCACAUCAUAUAAAGAAUUCUCAAGAUUCUUCUGUUUCCAAAAUCCCUUUAUACCCUCAUAGCUAUGGAGGUUACUCAAUUACUCUUGGAUUUGGUACUCCUCCUCAAAAAAUGUCUUUUAUUAUGGACACUGGCAGUAGCUUUGUUUGGUUCCCAUGUACUAAAAAAUACCAAUGUUCCAAAUGUCCUGUUUCUUCACAAAAUAUUCCUACAUUUGUUCCCAAGUUGUCAACUUCAGCUAAGGUUGUUGGAUGUUUGAAUCCAAAAUGUAGCUGGAUUCACCCCAAAACCAAUCCAAAAUCUCGUUGCCAAGAUUGUCAAUCACCCAACACAUCAAAUUGCAAACAGGUUUGUCCACCUUAUAUAAUUCUAUAUGGUGCAGGUUCCACAGGUGGACUUGGCAUAGUUGAAACAUUAAACUUACCUAACAAGAAAAUACCAAAUUUUCUUGUUGGUUGUUCUUUAUUUUCCUCUCAACAACCGGCUGGAAUCGCGGGUUUUGGUAGGGGAAUUUCAUCAUUGCCAAAUCAAUUAGGUGCCAAGAAAUUGUCAUAUUGUCUUGUGUCUCAUAGAUUUGAUGACACUAGCAAAAGUAGCAUGCUUGUUUUGGAUAGUUCUAAUGAAAAGUCUGCAAAUUUAAGUUACACCCCUUUGCUGAAAAAUCCAGUGGUUGCUAGAAGAAAUGCAUUAUUAGAGUAUUAUUAUGUUGGCUUAAGAAAAAUCACAGUUGGUGGGCAGAAAGUGAAAAUACCAUAUCAUUAUUUGACACCAAAUUCCAAAGGGGAUGGUGGGACUAUAGUGGAUUCAGGGACAACUUUCACAUUCUUGAAUCAUGGAAUUUUUGAACCUGUGAUGAGUGCAUUUGUGAACCAAGUAAAGGGGUUUUCAAGAACUGAGAAAAUUGAAAAAUUGACAGGUUUAAGGCCAUGUUUUAAUGUUUCAGGGCAUAAAACAGUGUCAUUGCCAGAGCUGAAGUUUCAUUUCAAAGGUGGUGCAGAAAUGGCAUUGCCAUUGGCAAAUUACUUCUCUAUUGUUGGUGAGAAAGAUGUGAUUUGUUUGACUAUGGUGACUGAUAGAGAUUCCGGGUCCGAAUUAUCGACCGGGCCGUCGAUAAUUCUUGGGAAUUUUCAGAUGCAGAAUUUGUUUGUUGAGUUUGAUCUCAAGAAUGAGAAGUUUGGGUUCAGACAGCAAGUUUGCAAAUGACAUAAAGUUGAGGAAAAGGAAAUGGUGUUUUAGAAAAGUCACAACAAUAUAUUUGCUUUUUGAAGUAUCUGACAUGAUUUUGUAGUAUGAUUGCACUAUGAUUGUAUUUGCAGGAAUGGAAAAGGUAGUUCUUAAAGUAGCUUAUUUGGUAGAGGUAUUAUAGUGGAGGCCUAUUGGUGGGAAGAUUAAGAGCCAUGUACCUUUGUUUUUUUGAUCUUUUUUAGGAAUAAUGGAAGAGCCGAGGAUCUUUCGUAAAUAAUUUCUUUACUUUCAUAAUGUAGAGAUAAAUAUGCGUACACACUAUCCUCCCUAAAUUUCAUUUGUGGGAUUACACGGAGAUUGUUAUUGUUGCAGUGUAAGGAACAGGCUAAAAAGAAAUAAAGGGAGGGAAAUUGCAAACUU